CUCAAUCUUCAUUAACAUCGUUAAACUCAAUAUAAUUGUUGCAUAAACUCUAGAGAGAGAAUACGUGUCAAUCUUCAUUAACAUCGUUAAACUCAAUAUAAUUGCUGCAUAAACCCUAGAGAGAGAAGACAUGUUUGUCCUUUCUUCUUUUUUAACCGACGCAUUUCGACCAAAUUCAUCAUUAUUUAGGGGCGAAUAGGCUGUCCAUUUGCAGGCCCUCGUGAACUGUGAUGACAAGAUGCUAACCAGCUCGUGCGAGAAGGAAAGGAGAAAGGUCUCCUACAUCUCACCAUCUGUAGAAAUCUAAAGUUAUAAACCAUAUCGUGCUUCUCUGUAGCAGAUUUGGUCUGCCGCUCCUCCUUCCCUUUCCCUGUACACAUCCAUUCAUAUAUAAUAUAUAAUAAGGGGCAUUCUUCCUGUUCAUGCCGUCUGCUCACCUCAAUUCUUUUCCCCUCCCCAACCCCAACACGUUCUCGAUGUCUAGUUCGAAGCCAUGCAAAAUAUCCCAACCUCUUUCCUUCUUAAUCUUCUCGUGCUGCUUGUUUUUGUUUCUGGUGAUUCCUUCUGCUCUGUCACAGGCAGACAUCUCUGCUCCCAUGGAAACAGGCGAGAGAGACUCUCUUUACUCUGUGAUACAAUCCUUGGUUGGCAAGUCUUGGAACGGCAGCGACCUCUUCCCGGAUCCCUGCGGCUGGACUCCCAUUGAAGGCAUAUCCUGCGACCUCUACGGCGACUUCUGGUAUGUCACUGCCAUGAGCGUCGGCCCCGUCCAUGACAACUCCCUGCAGUGUGCCGAAGCAGCGGCUAUCUCCACCACUCUCUUCCGACUGAAGCACCUCAAAUCUCUGUCUUUCUUCAGUUGCUUCACCUCGUGGAACCAUCCGCAGGCCAUCCCCACCACCAACUGGGAAUCACUGUCCCAUUCCCUCGAAACGCUUGAGUUUCGCCGGAAUCCGUGGUUGAUGGGUGAGAUCCCUGCAAGUCUCGGCGGCCUGAAGAAGCUUAACUCGUUGGUGUUGUCGGAAAACGCUUUGGAAGGGGCGGUGCCGGCAAGUUUGGGUGGUGUGGCAGCUCUGAAAAGGCUGGUGCUUGCACGGAACAAGCUUAGUGGGCAGGUGCCAACUGAGUUGGGGAUGUUGAAGGAUCUGCUGAUACUCGACCUGAGCAACAACAGGCUCUCCGGGGAGUUGCCGUCUACGAUUGGUGGGCUCGGCUCUCUUCUCAAGCUGGAUUUGAGCAGCAAUUCCCUUUCUGGGAUGCUGCCGGAUCAACUCGGGGGAAUGAAAAACUUGACUCUCUUGGACCUCAGGAACAACAGUUUCUCUGGAGGUUUGCCUGCUUCACUUGGGGAGUUGAGCCUUCUCGAGGAGAUGCUUGUGGGCAGCAACCCUCUCGUUAAUGGCUGCCUUUCUGUGCCUUGGAACAAGCUAUGGAGCUUGGUCACUCUCGACGUCUCUGCCUCUAAAUGUGUGGGGAGUAUUCCUGAAUCACUCACAGGGCUAAAGAAACUCAGGUUCCUCGCUCUCAACGACAAUAGUUUCAUAGGUGGAUUGCCAUCAAAACUGGCAGAGAUGCCUGCUGUGAGUGGUAUGUAUCUCGAUGGGAACAACCUCUCUGGGAUGCUGGAUUUCCCUCAGGAGUUCUUUCAGAGGUUGGGAAGGAAAUUGGUAGUGUGGGGGAACUCCAACCUCUGCUACCCACCAAAGUUGCCGAAGAGUUUUGCGCCUUAUGGAGUGCCUCCCUGCAAGGCAGGAACUUUGAUGGAAAAUUACUCAAAGCAUCAGCUUGCGGAGCGCCCAAAUCUCCCCGCCAGUAGUGGAUCUGGUGUGGCCUUGAGGAAAGGGUGUUGGUAUCUUUUGUUCUGGUUUACUGUUCUGAUUAUGUUAAUCUGAUGUAUGAUCAGGAACAUUAGAAUUAAGAAUGUAUAGAAAACUAUUACAGUAGAUUGAUAUAAGAAAUUUUUUUUUUUUUCGUUUCCCUCUUGUGGGCAUGCUUGUUUUCGUUUUCAGUAAGUCGAUGCUCCAUCAUGGUUUGAACCUCGAAACUGAAGAGUAAUGGCGACGAUAGACGUUAUUGGUGGAUUUUGGGGGCUUGGUGGAAGGAGGAAUUUGUUUGCCGGGAAAUGUGCAAGGAACACAAGAAGGGCAUGGCGGGAGAGGACUGCGUCGGCUCAGCUGUCAGCUCAUCUGUGAGCAAGGGGCGAGGGACACGACUGUCCUCAUUAUUUGGAUUCGCUGGUGCCUGCUGCGGGCAUUCAAUGGCGGUGGUGACUUGUUAUGGGUCAAAACGGGAACCUCCUUUUCUGUCUCUCUACCUCUCUCUUUCUCCUGCCUCUCAGGUCCCAUGUCCCAAAGCUUUCUCCUUGGCUAGAGCGUUGGACUCGAUACUCUUUCAACCUGAUUAAAUUCUGCUGGUGAUUUGGACUUCUACUAUCACUUUUGAGUUCAAUUUAAGAGAUCAAUAGUCUGUGCACUUCUUGGGUGUUAAAUUAUGAAGUUAAUAAAUCUAGAAUUUCAUUCUUA